GCCAGAACUGGAGGAACAGGAUACAUUGGUGGUUCUGUGUUGGCUGCUCUCGUCAAACAACACCCAGAAUAUGAUAUCACGGUGCUCUUGCGCAAUGUUCCGGAUACCUUCACCUCCCAAUACCCCAACGUGAAGAUUGUCCGAGGAGAUUUUGAUGAUACAGCACUCAUUGCUGAUACUGCAUCCAAGGCAGAUAUUGUCAUUCGUAUGUGCUGUAAACAUGAGCCCUCCAUCCAAGCACACAUUGAUGGUCUGCUUCGGAAUGGCACCCCUUCUUCUCCUCGUUUCCUCAUCCGUCUUGGCGGUACAGGCGCCAUCGCCGACUGGGCAGACUCGUCCUACUACGGCGAGAAGAACCCAAGGGUUUGGAAUGACAUUCACGAUAUCGAGCAGCUGACGUCCCUACCGGACACAGCGUUGCAUCGGAACAUCGAGAAAAUUGUCCAAAAGGCAGCAGUGGAUCACGGCGAUCGUCUCAAGUGUGCAAUCAUCUGCUCUUGUGGAGUGUAUGGACCUGGAAAGGGACCCGGAAGGGCACAGAGCCAAUUGGUGCCUCUGUUCUGUGAUGAGAUCAUCAACAACACCAAGCGUGCGUUUUACACUCAGUCCGGAGGAAACGCUCGAAGCUGGGUGCACAUCGAUGAUCUUGUGGCGGUUUACAUAAAACUGGUCGAGGCAGCCGCAGCUGGCGGGGGAAAUGCUGACUGGGGUCUUCACGUACGUACAGAUCAAUAUGAUACCUAUGAUGAGAAGAAACACUGA